UGGGCGCGCAAUGUUGGUGAGGGUUUUAUUUACUUAGUAAAGAGUAAACGGAAGAGUAUACUCCCGCGCUUCCCUUGCCUGCUGGCUGCUAUCUCCGCUCCCUUGGAUCAGCUUAAGCCUUAAACCUCAGUGCUUUCAACGACAUGGACGAAGAAAUGGAGGCCUCCCCCACCUACUUUGACCCCGAAGAUCUCAGCAUCAGACAGCAAUUUCGUCGAUACAGGAAAAGGCCUUCAAACAUAUCGCCUCACAAGGAAGUUUCAUCUUCAACAUUCAGUGAGUCUAGGAUUCUAUAUGACGGACAGAGUUUCCAUAGUCCAACAAAUGCUGCACUGCUUCUUGAAAAUUUUAAACAAGAGGCCGAAAGCCUUGAUGCUGACCAUCUGGAAGCGACACCAUUGAAGGGAAGUUCUGCCUCUAAAAGAAGAUUAUCAAUUGAUAGCCAGGAAAUUUCAGAAGCAUCUCUUGGUCCGGAUUCAGUUCGCUACUCACUAAAGGCUUACAAGCACGAGAAUGACCCAUUGUCUAAUAGUGGAGAUACAACUUAUACUUUUUUUGCAUCUCUACUGGAUUCUUCACUUCAAGGAUUGAUGUCUAUCCCAGACUUGAUACUAAGAUUUGAGAGUUCUUGUCGUAAUGUUUCAGAGUCGAUAAGGUAUGGUUCCAAUAUUCAGCACCGCUUUAUUGAAGACAAAUUGAUGAGGCAGAAGGCUCAGUUUCUCAUAGAUGAAGCUGCUUCUUGGUCGCUCUUGUGGUACCUUUAUGGGAAAGCAACGAAAGAAAUGCCCAAAGAUCUAAUUGUGCUUCCCCCGACAUCGCACUUGGAGGCCUGCCAGUUUGUCACAGAAGACCAUACAGCUCAAUUAUCUCUUCGAAUUGUUGAGUGGCUGGAAAGUUUAGCCUCUAAAGCACUCGAUUUGGAAAGCAAGAUUCGUGGAUCUCAUGUUGGUACUUAUCUUCCCAGUUCUGGAGUUUGGCAUAAUACUCAGCGGUCUCUCAAGAAAGGAACCUCUGACACAAAUGCUAUUCAUCACUUGGAUUUUGAUGCUCCAACACGUGAGCAUGCUCAUCAACUUCCGGAUGACAAAAAACAAGAUGAAUCUCUUUUAGAAGAUGCGUGGACUCUUAUAAAGGCUGGUAGAGUGAAAGAAGCAUGUGAUCUAUGCCGAUCAGCAGGACAGCCGUGGAGAGCUGCAACUUUGUGCCCUUUUGGUGGAUUGGAACACUUUCCGUCCAUUGAUGCCUUAGUAAGGAAUGGAAAGAACAGAACUCUACAAGCAAUUGAGCUAGAAAGUGGCAUGGGCCACCAAUGGCGUCUUUGGAAAUGGGCUUCUUAUUGUGCAUCUGAGAAAAUUGCAGAAGUAGAUGGUGGGAAGUAUGAGGCUGCUGUAUAUGCUGCUCAAUGCGGAAAUUUGAGGCGUGUGCUUCCCAUAUGCUCAGAUUGGGAGUCGGCAUGCUGGGCAAUGGCAAAGUCAUGGCUGGAUGUUCAAGUAGAUCUUGAACUCACUCGUUCACAACAAGGGAAGAUUGGUCUUUCCAAAAGCAUUAUGGACACUGUAGAUGGAAGUCCAGGACAGAGUGAUAGAACCUUUCAGGUUCCCGAUGGACCAGAAAGUUGGCCACUUCCAGUACUAAGCCAGCAACCACGCCAGAUUUCUUCCCUUCUUCAAAAACUCCAUUCAGGUGACAUGGUGCAUGAAAAUGUAAACCGUGGAUGCAAAGAGCAGCAGCGGCAAAUUCAGAUGAUCUUAAUGCUUGGAGACAUUCCUCGUCUCUUGGACCUAAUCUGGUCAUGGAUAGCACCUUCAGAAGAUGAUCAAGAUGUUUUCAGGCCUCAUGGAGAUCCCCAGAUGAUUCGGUUUGGUGCUCAUUUGGUGCUCGUGCUUCGAUAUUUACUUGCAGAAGAAAUGAAGGAUAUCUUCAGAGAGAAGAUCAUGAAUGUUGGCGAUCUUAUUUUACACAUGUAUGCUAUGUUUCUCUUCUCGAUGCAACAUGAGGAGCUGGUUGGUGUAUAUGCUUCUCAGUUAGCAAGCCACCGAUGCAUUGACCUCUUUGUGCACAUGAUGGAACUUCGGCUCAACAGCAGCGUUCAAGUCAAGUAUAAGAUCUUUCUCUCUGCUAUAGAAUAUUUACCAUUUUCUCCAAACGAUGAUUCAAGAGGCAGUUUUGAAGAAAUCAUUGAGAGUGUAUUGUCAAGAUCUCGGGAGACAAAAAAUGGCAGUUCUGAUAAGUUGUCAGAUGCUGCAGAACAGCAUCGCUUGCAGAGUCUUCAGAAAGCUAUGGUUGUCCAGUGGCUCUGCUUUACCCCUCCUUCAACAAUUGCUAAUGUUAAAGAUGUUAGCACCAAACUUCUUCUCCGAGCAUUGGCACAUAGCAAUAUAUUGUUCAGAGAGUUUGCUCUGAUAUCCAUGUGGAGAAUCCCAUCAAUGCCUAAUGGUGCACACAAGUUACUUAGUCUUCUUGCUGAGCCUUUGAGGCAGCAUUCAGAAACAUUUAGUGCAUUGGAGGAUAACAGUGUUCUGGAGAACUUAAAAGAGUUCCAGGACUGGAGUGAGUAUUUCUCCUGUGAUGCAACAUAUCGCAACUGGCUCAAAAUUGAGUUGGAGAAUAUUGAAGCGUCUUCCCUCAAUCUCUCAUUGGAAGAAAAACAAAGAUCCAUUGCAGCUGCCAACGAGACACUUGAUUCCUCAUUUUCGUUGUUACUUGGGAAAGACGUUUCUUGGUUGGGUUUUGCAGAAGAUCACCUCUACGAGUCAAUGGAGCCUGUUUAUCUUGAAUUGCAUGCCACUGUCAUGCUCUGUUUACCUUCUGGAGAAUGUUUGUGCCCUGAAGCCACCACGUGCACAACACUAACAAGUGCCCUUUACUCCUCCGUAACCGAAGAGAUCAUAUUAAAUCAGCAGCUGGUGGUGAAUGUCUCCAUAGCAUCAGGGGAAGGUUUCUGUAUUGAGGUUGUGCUUCGCUGUUUAGCAGCACCGGGUGAUGGGCUUGGCCAUCACGAAGUCAAUGAUGGUGGCAUUCUAAGUAGCAUUAUGGCCGCUGGAUUCAAAGGUGAGCUUCGCGGUUUUCAAGCUGGAGUGACUUUGGAGGUUUUGCGUUUAGAUGCACGGUAUUCAACCGAAGAUGGUUCACUAAAAGCCCCGGCAGCAUACAUUGUGCAAGGUCUCUGUCGUAGGUGCUGCCUCCCAGAAGUUAUUCUCAGAUGUAUGCAGGUUUCUGUCGCUCUGAUGGAGUUGGGUGUUGAACCCGAAUGCCAUGACAAGUUGAUUGAACUCGUGGCCAGUGCUGAAUCUGGGUUCGCUCAUUUGUUCAGCCAGCAACAGUUCGAGGAAUUUUUGAUACUUGAGAGAGAGUACACCUUACGUAAAAUGGAGUUUGAAGAGCUUUCUUCCUAACGGUCGUGUUGUAUCGAUGUGAUGUGUAAACACGUUUGUGUUCACCCUUGAGAGUGUUUUAGGUAGCAUCGAUAUCGAUGAAAAUGUAGAACUCUCAAAUUUAUAAAAAUAUUUUCGGGAGUAUGGAUGAAAUAUCUAUGGUGGGAAGGGUGUUUUGUAUGGAGUUAGAUUAUUUGUUGUCACGAAUCAAGCUGAUUGAGCGUACUAGACCAUGUAGAUUACAAGUUAGGAACAAAUUUACGCUGACUACACAUAUUGAGAUGUGAAUGGAAAUUUAAUUCCAUGGUCUUUAGAUUUAAAAAGAAUUCUACAAUUUUUUUAGGAGGGGAGAUUUGAACGUACGACUACGAAAGGUAAGGCUCUUCUGCUAUCAAUGAAACCGAAAGAAAGACAAAAACCCAGUGCGUUUUGUAUAACCAUUCAGCCAUGGAUGCAAAGAGACUCAGCGAGUGAACUAGGUUUGCAUUCUAAGCGGAGCAAUUUUGUGAGUCUACGAAGCUUCGUAGUUCUCAAACAGGGAGUCUWCUAGAUGGGGUUCAACUAGCGGAGACUCUUGGAACUGCUGGCUAUGACACAAUCAAAUCCGAACGAACAAAAUGUUGUUCCUGAUGUCGAAUUCCAAAAACCUGCGAGAGGUUCCCAGACGUGCUCAGAAUCUUUUUUUUAGCCCAUGGUUUCUCUCUCUCUUUAUUUUUAUUUUUAUUUGACAAUUGUAUUUUUACUCUUUGUUGGUCAUAUCAUAUCUUUUCAGGGUGUUU